AUGGGCGACUGGUCUAUCCUGGGGCGUUUCCUGUCUGAAGUCCAGAACCACUCCACGGUGAUCGGGAAAAUCUGGCUCACCAUGCUCCUCAUCUUCCGCAUCCUGCUGGUGGCGCUGGUGGGCGACGCCGUUUACAGCGACGAGCAGUCCAAGUUCACCUGCAACACUCAGCAACCGGGCUGCAACAACGUCUGCUACGACACCUUCGCCCCUGUCUCCCACCUCCGCUUCUGGGUUUUCCAAAUAGUCCUGGUGUCCACUCCGUCCAUUUUUUACAUCGUGUACGUGUUGCAUAAAAUCGCCAAAGAUGAGAAGAUGAACGGACGAAGGACUCACGAGGCGGCGGAGGAGAGGACUCAGAGCUGCGGGCAGGUGGAGAGGGUCGGGGUUCCGUCGUGUUAUUCGGGUUUUAACGAAGACUGGGACACGAGGGAGAAAGAGGAGCAGAGUUUUGUGGAAGAGGAUUAUGGAGAGCUGGGAGAAGACCCCACGCAACAGUCCAACCAGGUGUUACUCAUCUACAUCCUGCACGUCCUGCUCCGGUCAGUUAUGGAGAUCACCUUUUUGAUCGGACAGUAUUUUUUAUUUGGUUUCGAGGUUCCUCAUUUGUUCCGCUGCGAGACGUACCCCUGCCCCACCCGCACGGACUGCUUCGUGUCCCGCGCCACCGAGAAAACCAUCUUCCUCAACUUCAUGUUCAGCAUCAGUCUCGGCUGUUUCGUUCUAAACGUGGCAGAGCUGCACUAUUUAGGUUGGGUUUAUAUAUUUCGGGUCCUGUGCUCUGCUUGUUCCACCUGCUGCUGCCAAGAAAAGGACGAGGUUCACAUUUACGCCCAUCACAACCCGCUGACGCUGCAGUUAAAGCACUCGCUGAGAGGACAGUUGGUGCUCCAGACUCCAGCGCUGGUCCCAGAUAAGAGCAUGCUGACCCACACUCCGGCCAUCUCCUUCCAGACAGACUCGACAGUGGAGUGCACAUCCAAAAGGAGCCCGGAGAGACGGGACAGGGUCAAAGUGAAGCUGGCAAACGUGGCCCGCGCAGGACGGACUAAGAAAUCAUGGCUCUGA